CCCAAAAUGUGGCAACUCUUACUCAUUACUGUCUGUGUGUGCGGCCUUUCACGAUUUCUGGCUCAGCCUGGUCCUGGAAUAAAUGGAUGUGGUGAUGGUAUUUGAGGUUCAGCCCGAGUGAACAAGAGUUAAUCCACACUUCACAUCACUUACUAUUCUAAGCUAUGUUGUAUAAAACUUGUUUUGGCAACAAACAGACUGUGAAAUAGGACUUCAAAAGUAUGCCCCAAAAAGUAGUUGCUGAUAGCGGAAAUUCAUUAAGGGUGAAAGUCGAUGAACAGGACUUGAAGACACGUGUGAAACGACGCAAAUACAAAGAGUCUGAGCAAAAAGACACCGAGCAACAAAUUGAAUUUAUCUGCAAGAUCUGCGACAAGGUCUUCAAGCGUAAGGAUCGACUGUUUGUUCAUGAACGACUCCACUCUGGUGACCAACCUUAUAUUUGCAAACAGUGUGGCAAAGGUUUCCGUAGUCAAGAUAGUGUCAGGUGCCAUCUAGCAGUGCAUUCUGAUGAGAAAGCAUUCAGUUGUGACAAGUGCAUCAAAACUUUCAAAACCUCACACCAGAUGAGAAAGCAUCAACGCCUAUCCAAAAUCGCCAUGUCAAAGAACGAGCCAAAUGAUCAUAAACCUGUGAAAUGCAAGCUCUGCACCUUCCAGAUAACGUCCAAGCUAGAGCGGAAGAAGCACAUGCGCUUCCACAAGAAGAAGAGCAACCCUUAUUUGUGUAGUAAAUGUAAGAAAUGCUUCAACAGUUUGAAGCUGCUUGGCGACCAUUACAAGGCAUCUUGUAAAGGAACCAAGAAAAAAGUCAUCAAGAAGAGGGAGGUAAAAAACAAGAAGCUUCAGAAUCCAGAGGGUCCUUUAGCACCGUUUGCUUGUCAUAGGUGCAGCAAAAGGUUCAAAACAAUCUCAAAUCUAGGUUUGCACUUCAUUAGCCACUCAGAGUCUGACCACUUCAAUUGCUCUUCAUGUAAAGCUGACUUUCAGUCUGUUAUAGAAUACCAAGAACAUCAGUGUAUUCAGCAACAGUCCGUACGCAUUAAACCAAAGCUUGUUGUGAAAUUUCAAACCUGUGUCCUCGAUCCAGGAUUGGCUGAUGGUGAUGAGGAGCAAGAGAGUAGAGAAGAAGUUGCUAGAGAGACAGAAGCUUCCAUCGAACAUUUAACUGGAUUCAUUCAGGGAGGAGAAACUACUACUGAACAAGUUGCAGAUAAUGUGCAAAAUGUCUCCCAAGCACAGAGUGGUGAAAUGCAAAUGGCAGGGCAGUAAAAUAUGGAGGGAGCUAUAAAUGCACUUUAAGUUUACGUUAUGAAUUGACAUGGACAUUGAAUGCUGAACUUAAUGCAAAUUUUUUCUUUUGUGGUUAAUUAGUGCAGAAUGUAACUAAGAAUAAUUGCUACACAAAUUCCUGGGUGAUCCCAGUAUUUGCUAGUCAUGGAUCAUUCCUCGCAUUGAUCAAUUAGUCUUGUGAUUCACAAAGUUCAAGACCUGAACAUUAGUGUACUGUACUACAUGUACAUAUUGGAAGUAUUAGAGUAGACCCAGACAUAACUUACCCAGACACGUACAUAUUAUGCAACUCCUGGCAAGAUAAUACAAAAACACUAGACAUAUUAUGACAGACUUCUCCUUUUUAUUGUUAAAGGAACACGUUGCCUUGGAUCGGACGAGUUGGUCUUUGAAAAGCAUUUGUAACUGUUUUUUUUAUA